AUUUAAUGACAGCAACGUGAGAGCACUUUCUCCCCAGUCCCAGAAUCAGGAUAUUGUUUAACAAAUAUAUUUUGGUCAUUUUUCGCAACAAAAAUGCUCGUGAUAUACCGGGUCUGUUAUCGUAUUUUCUGAUGAUUCUUAUUUUGUACAUACACAAUCACUACAGCUAUUUGAUUUUCAAGAAAAGCCCGUGGUAUGGUUCCCAAGCUUGUUUCAAUGGCAAAUUUCAGACCUGGCAAACGAGGCUUGGUCUUUUACAGCAUCAGAGCCACCAAUAAAUUUAUACCAGAAAGCGGAAAAGGGGAGCAGAUAUUUGCCAAAUCAGGGGAACCGGCGAAAUUGUUAGGGCUGGAGAUUCCGUGUUCAUGGAAUCAUCUGAAACUGAUAAACAGAUCUAUGUUGCUCGUGUCGAAAGAUUCGAAACUGAUAGCGAAGGCAAGUUUAUGGUUAAAGUGAGAUGGUACUAUAGCCCAGAGCAGGCUGGUGGUAGGAGACAGUUUCAUGGGGCAAAGGAAUUACUUUUGUCAGAUCAAUAUGCCACUCAGAGUGCCAACAAAAUUGAAGGAAAGUGCAAUGUGCACUCGUUCCUGAACUACACCAAGCUAGAAAAUGUAGGUGCUCGGGAUUACUACUGUCGCUUUUGGUACGAAGCUGGUACUAAAGAAAUUACACCCAAUAAAGUUCCAGUGUACUGCAUAUGUGAAACACCUUACAAUCCAGAUGAUUUGAUGUUACAGUGUGAUGACUGCAAAGCCUGGUUCCAUCCUGGCUGUGUGAAAAUGACUAUUGCACAAGCAAAGCAGUUAAGUAGCUAUCAGUGUGAUCAGUGUUCUUCUUAACAAGAUAGGAAGCACUCUCCUGGCCAGGUGCCUGCAAAGUCUGAAGGACAUGAUCGUCACUGGAAGCUGUGGCCUAAGUGGUUGGAAGAAGUGGCUGCUUUCUUCUAUGUUCUGUUUCUUAACUGAAUGGCUGUAAUGUUGAACCAUUUCUAGCUACUUAGGUCGGUGAUUUUCAAAAAUUAUCAAAUUGUAUGUUGUUGAAACCUAGCGAUUGUGAAACUGCUUUAACUUCAGCUGGUGACUGGUGAUGGUAAGCAGUACUCUGUGCGAAGAAAGUGUCGGGAGUUUAAUUGAAAAUCUUUGAACUUGUCUCCAUAU